AUGGCCUCCACCGCUCCUCUUUCUCUUGGACCGGUUGGUCUUGAGCCAUUCGAGUCCAAGAAGCAAGAAGGCACCGAGACGCAUCGCCGCGGCAGCGAUGCAGAAUCAACAAAAACACAAGUUGGCUCCCGCGUUCAAGCUACGGCCCUCUCUAGUACGGACGAAAAGAAUCUAGACGACAUUUAUAACGAAGAGUAUCCGGAUGGCGGCUUGAGGGCAUGGCUAAUCGUUCUUGGGGCUGCUUUUACGACUUUUUCCACAUUUGGCUAUGUCAAUUCUUGGGGUGUCUUCCAGGCAUACUACCAAGAUACUUUGCUGAAAGACAGUGCUGUCUCCAAUAUUGCUUGGAUUGGCUCAAUCCAAUACGCCCUCGUUUUCAUUCCUGCCCUGAUUACCGGCCACGCUUUCGAUCGCGGACACUUGAGAGUGCCUCUCGCUGCUGCCAGUGCACUACUUAUCGCCGCAACAUUUCUCACAGCCGAAUGUACAAAAUACUGGCAGUUUCUUCUCUGUCAAGGCUUCGCCGUUGGGAUAGCUUGCGGGGUGGUCUAUGGGCCCAUGACAGCAGUGAUUGGGCACUGGUUCAAGUAUAGACGUGGACUGGCGACUGGUGUUACUGCAGUGGGAUCUUCUGUCGGGGGCACCGUCUUUCCGAUUGUCGCCCGGAACCUCAUCCCUCGUGUCGGGUUCCCUUGGACGCUGCGUGUGAUAGGCUUUAUUCUCCUGUUUAGCCUGGGUACAGCCAACCUGCUCGUUCGACGGAGACUACCUCCCAGGCCUAUGCCAGGCGGCUUGUUAAACCCCGCCGCUUUCAAGAGCAUCCCAUACACCGUCUACUGCUUCGCGGGUGUUGUUGCCUUUCUCGGACUUUACACAGUCCUGACUUAUAUCGAUGUCAGCGCGACAUCUGUCGGGGUUUCGUCCGACUUUUCGUUUUACCUUGUGUCUAUUGCCAACAGUGCUUCACUUUUUGGUCGAUUAAGUUCGGGUCUGGCCACUGAUCGCUUUGGUGUCAUCAACGUCCUCGCGCCUAUGUCUGGGGUCGCUGCAGUUAUGACUUAUAUCUGGCCACUAGCUAGGUCAAGAGGCUCCUUUAUUGCCGUCGCAAUUGUCUAUGGAUAUUCCUCCGGAGCAUAUGUUUCCUCCUUCAUUCUUCCCAUAUACCACAUGGGUGGGAUCGAAGAUGUUGGGCGGCGCGCAGGAAUGGCCGUCACCUUGACUGCCUUCGGGGCCGUGGCUGGUCCUCCUAUAUCCGGUGCCAUUAAUACUGCUUCGGGAGGAUAUAGGGCUGUAGGCAUUUAUGCUGGAUCGGUGAUCUUGUUGGCCAUUGCGAUGAUGCUCUUUACGAGAUGGCUCGUCUUGAAGAGCGUGUGGGGAAAGUUCUAG